UCGCGAGAUAUGUCCGCACUCCCUGCUCUUUAGCCCGGGCGACCCCGUGCGCAGCCUCUUUUUCUAAGAUGGCUCCGAAGGUGAAGAAGGAAGCUGUCCCUGCCAAAACGGAGGCUAAAUCCAAGGCCUUGAAAGCAAAGAAGGCCAUUUUGAAGGGAGUUCAUAGUCACAGGCAGAAGAAAAUUAGGACAACACCUACCUUCAGGAGACCAAAGACACUCCGACUGAGAAGGCAACCCAAGUAUCCCAGAAAGAGUGCACCCAGGAGGAACAAAUUGGACCAUUAUGCUAUUGUUAAGUUCCCUCUGACAACUGAGUCCGCUAUGAAGAAAAUAGAGGACAACAAUACUUUGGUUUUCAUUGUUGACAUCAAGGCCAACAAACACCAGAUCAAACAGGCUGUCAAGAAAUUAUAUGAUAUUGAUGUAGCUAAAGUCAACACUCUUAUCAGGCCUGAUGGUGAAAAGAAAGCAUAUGUGCGACUGGCCCCAGACUACGAUGCAUUGGAUGUUGCUAAUAAGAUUGGCAUCAUCUAAACUGGCUUCACAAAGAACUGUAAAAUAUUUCAAUAAAAUUUUUAAAAGUU